GCAGAAUGACGCAUAACACCUUAAAAUUCAUACGCACGCAUUUGCGUAAGUAAUUUCCAUAAGGAAUCCUUGUGGCAUGGUAUAUAAACCUGUCUCCCGGCCGAUGGCACAGAAUGAAUCAAACCGUUGUGGACUUAUCCAGCACACUUUUACAAAUAAUACUACAUAUCAGAUAUACAUCAGCAAUAUUAUCUCAGGAAAGUCCUAACUAAAUGAAGACGGAAGGGGUAGUUCAAAAUGUUCCUUUCACCGGCAGAAAGCGGAGUCUUAUUGAAGAUGCUCGCAAAGAGCGCGCGAGCAGCUCAUCCUCACCGGGUCCGUCACAAUGCGGGGACAACUUUGUGUUUGAGGGGAAGGAUGGAACAGUGACACUGAAUAUUCUUUUCACACUCAGCAACGAGAAAAAUGCAGGGUUCCUACAAACUGGCAAGGUCUUUGAGACAUUUAAAGCCAAGCUCCUACACAUUGAAAGCCGACCUGGGAGGAAAUCGAAAAACAGUCUGAUGGAAUUAGAAUUCUUCAUGAAAUGUGAAAUCCACAGCUCUGAUGUUGACGUAUUCCUUAACUCCCUCAAACGAGUUGCCGAAGAUGUGCGUCCUGUUCAAGAGGAGAAAGUUCCAUGGUUUCCCAGAAAAAUAAAUGAUCUGGACAAAUGCAACCUGUUAAUAACAAAAUAUGAUCCAGACAUGGACCAGGAUCAUCCCGGAUUCACAGAUCAAGAGUACAGAAAGAGAAGAGCUUACAUCUCGGAACUUGCCGUCAACUACAAACAGGGGGAUCCAUUACCCACAGUGGAAUACACUCCAGAGGAGGUGGCAACAUGGAGAGAGGUGUAUCGCACCCUGCAUGAUAUCUACCCUAGCCUGGCCUGCAGACAGUUCCUGGAGGGCCUGCAGCAGCUGGAGAGGGAAUGUGGCUAUGGCGAGAACCGCAUCCCUCAGCUCAGAGAGGUGUCUGCCUUCCUCAAAGGGAAGUCAGGUUUCCAGCUGCGGCCAGCGGCUGGCCUGCUCUCAGCCAGAGACUUCCUGGCCAGCCUGGCCUUCCGGGUGUUCCAGUGCACUCAGUACAUCCGCCACGCAUCCGCCCCCAUGCACUCCCCUGAACCAGAUUGUUGUCAUGAGUUGCUUGGCCAUAUUCCAAUGCUUGCAGACAAAGAAUUUGCUCAGUUUUCCCAGGAAAUUGGUCUUGCUUCUCUUGGAGCGUCAGAUGAAGACAUUGAGAGACUAUCAACACUGUAUUGGUUUACGGUGGAAUUUGGACUCUGUAAGCAGAAUGGAACAGUAAAAGCCUACGGCGCUGGCCUCCUAUCAUCAUAUGGAGAACUUAUAUAUGCCCUCUCUAAUGAGCCAGAAUACAAGGCCUUUAGUCCAGAGGAGACAGCAGUUCAACCAUACCAGGACCAAACAUACCAGCCAGUUUACUUUGUGUCAGAAAGCUUUGAGGAUGCCAAGUUAAAGAUGAGGAGGUUCUCAGCAAAAAUCCAGCGCCCCUUCUCUGUGCGGUACGACCCGUUCACUUGCAGUCUGGACAUCCUUGACCAGCCAAGCAAAAUCCAGAAUGUUCUGAGCCAGAUGAGAGAAGAUCUGAAGAUCCUUCACAAUGCCAUAGAGAAGCUUGGCUGAACCACCUGGGCCAGUUAUUUAGUCGUCUGUUUUGCAUGGAUGUGUGCUACUGUUUUCAUUAAAUAAUUUAGUUGAGACACAAAAUUCACAGCAUAAUAUAAUGUUGAGACAAUGUAAGAACCAAUAAAUGUAUUUAUUUACUUUUUAAA